CUAUUAUAAGUAGAUAAAAGAGAUCGCUCUUAUUCUACUGAUUCGAAUAAUAGUAUCAUAUUAACAGCAUUAAUAAAAUACUCCGUACUUAAUACACUGACCAUCAUCAUUUCCUCCUUCUCCUCCAGGGCAAGGGUUAUCAACUUUCUCAAUCUUCUUUCUUCCUCGCUCUCUUCACUUCUCUUUUCAUCUGCAGAUCCAUCUCAUCCUAUACAGAACAUGGCAUCUAGAACUACUCUUUACGUUACUGGCUUUGCAUCCGACGUCCGCGCUCGCGACCUCGCCCACGAAUUCGAACGAUUUGGACGACUUGUGCGCUGCGAUAUCCCCGCUCCUCGCAAUCCUUCUUCUAGACCCUUUGCGUUUGUUGAGUAUGAGGACCGUCGUGAUGCCGAAGAUGCUUACUAUGACAUGCACCACCGUCGUAUCCGGUCCGGCGAUAUCCUAAACAUCGAGUGGGCGCGCAACACGCCUUCCGCCUCUUGGCGCUUCGAAGACCGUCCUCGACGACGCCGGCCUUCAUUCUCGCCUCCUCCCCGCCGCGGCCGCGAUGACUCUCGUUCGCCUCCUCCCCGCCGCGGCGGCCGAGACGAUUCUCGCUCGCGCUCCCCCGCUCCUCGUCGCUCGCCUAGUCCUCGUGAGAACCGGUCGUUGAGUCCCCGUCGCUCGCCGCGCGAUGACGACGAGCGUCGGGACAGCAAAGCUAGCGAGCAUGCUGAGCGAGACCAGAGUCCGUACGGAAACGAUAAAACCGAUGAGCCGAAAGAGAGAUCUUACGACGACCAGGACGGCGACGUCGCCGAAGAUUAAACAUUUACUUACGUAUCUAAACUCCUUGUUUUCUGCUUUUAUGUACUUUGUUUUGCUAUAUAUGUUGUGAUUUUGAGAGCUGUAUGUACGAUGAAGUGACAUCGAUUGUUGUUGUAAAAAGUUGGCUUGCUACUUUUCGUGAUUGUUGUAUCUAGAGCGCCUCACACACUCACUCGCUCGCGUCGUUUUAAGAGCACCAAACGGCGUCGAUCGAUCGAUCGAUUCGAAUCGUGUCGGGUAUACCUCUGAACCGUCGAAGGAUUUGAACAGGUUUGCUUUGCGACUAUCGGCAUCGAGACCACGACGACGACGAGUUACGAUGACGACGACCGCGACUACGACGACGACGACGACGGCGACGGCGACGACUACGACGACGGACGGUUUUGUUUGAGUAUUUGUGAAAUAGCUAACUGUGAAUCAAACAAACUACUUCCUAAAAGCAACAAGUAAAACAAUA